AUGCUGAAAUCAUCGUAUGACAUAAUGUCUUCAACCUUGGAAAUAGCCGCCGGAAGCAGACAAAUUAUACAGAGCACCCGGAACGAACGAAAGAUGACUUCCGUCGGAUCUGCCUCCUGUUUACCUGAAUCCUCCACCACUAAGGGUGGAUCUAAGAAACGCAAGAUGGAUACCGUCUCCGGUGUACCUGAAUCCUCCUCUGAGGGGCCAGUACUCACGAGCAGCAGCGAUGAUGAUGAUGAUGUUGGUGAUGAAAUUUAUCUGUGUGAGGAUGAUUCUUUUGAAACGUAUGACCCUGAAUUUGCAAAGGGAACUACCGCUCUGGGUUUUUUUUUCGAAGAAGGAAUUAUGGUUGCUGCCGAUCAUUGUAGCAAAUCAUCAAAGACUGCACCGAACAUUGUUCAACUGAAUUCUCACAUGCUGGCCUCAAUUUCUGGGGGAAGGAAUUUUUGCUUAAAGAUCUAA